GGCUGUGCAGCGGAGGGCGUUCCUCAGGGAGAAGGGAAGGGGGCACCGCUAAUCCCCGCGUGUCCCGGCCCCCUCCCCCCAGUCCCGCCGCGCUGAGGGAGCCGCGGGGCUCGGGGCUCUCCGUGCUUUUUCCGUGUGCCUGCCCCACGAGCAGGGCGGCCCGGGGCCAUGGAGCGCGUGUUCACACCGCUGGACUGCCUCCUGCCCGCCGGAAACCUGAAGUUUUGCCUUCUGAUUCUGAACCAGCCUUUCAACAAAGGUCAUUUUCAUUGUCUGUGGAGCAAAGCUGCACUGAGAGCUUGUGCUGAUGGAGGUGCCAAUCGUCUCUAUCACAUCACAGAAGGAAGCCAGGACAGCUUCUUGCCUGAUUACAUCAGUGGUGAUUUUGAUUCCAUUCAGCCUGAAGUCAAGGAGUACUACAAAGUCAAGGGAUGCGAGUUAAUUGAGACCAUGGAUCAGGAUCUCACAGAUUUUACCAAGUGCCUUCAGAUACUCCAGAAAAAGAUAGAGCAGAAGGGCCUCCAGAUCGAUGUGAUUGUGACUUUAGGCGGACUUGGUGGACGCUUUGACCAAAUAAUGGCAUCAGUGGAAACGCUUUUUCAUGCAACAAAUAUCACUCCUUUUCCAGUGAUAGUUAUCCAGGAGUGCUCGCUGAUUUACCUGCUUCAACCUGGCAAGCACAAGCUGCAUGUGGACACGGGACUGGAAGGUGACUGGUGUGGCCUCAUCCCCAUUGGGAAUUCCUGCGAGAGCGUGACCACAACAGGCCUCAGGUGGAACCUCACUAACCAGGUGCUGAAGUUUGGAAUGCUCGUCAGUACUUCCAAUACCUAUGACAACUCCGGGAUUGUGACCAUUGAGACAGACAAGCCUUUGCUGUGGACAAUGGCUAUCAAAAGAUAACAUCAGCUACAGCUGCCUUUGCUGAUCUGACUCAAAUUACUGCAAAAUUUCAUUGAAUUAAGACACUAAAGCUGUUCCAAAAGAUACAAGCAGGCACUGAUUUUAUGUACUGAAUGGAAAACAAGUCUGAAAUAAAAGCCACUUGAGAUCAAAUCAAGAUUAGUAGCAAUAAUUGAGUACUUCAUUCUGGUACCUCACACUACUUAAUCAGAAG